GUGGACUCCUUGUGGCCCGUCCGUGUCCCAGCCGCCCUUCGCUCCGCGGUCCCUUCGCUUCGGUCCUUUCCAGCCGGGCGAGCGCGCAGCGGGGGCGCGUCUUGGCCGCUCGCCCGGCCUCUGGGGCCGCCCCUGGCCGCCGACUCCGCCUCCCGAGCAGCUGGGCUGGCCUGCUUACCUUCUCCGCCCCUUCCCGGCUACAUCCGAGCCCGACCAGCGGGCCACCGAGAGCCGAAGCGGCGGGGCUGAGCGGUAGAAGCGCCCGACUGUUUGGCCAAGGACGCGCGCGCGCCAUGGAGAGCCUCGGGAAGCAACCCAGCGCGCCCGUCCGGCUGCGGAUCUUGCUCCGGCACCUGCUGCCCCACGCCGGAUUCACACCUUUUCCAACUUCAGCCCAGGUUGCUCCUGUGGCAUGCCCAACGCAGUUCCGUUACACCUUGGAUAAUGACGUCCUAACUCUAGCGCAAAGACGUUUCUAUGAGGACAAUGGAUAUCUCCUCAUCAAAAAUCUGGUGGCUGAUGAAGAUAUUGAGCGCUUCAGAGCGGAGUUUGUAAAGAUAUGCAGAAAGGAAGUGAAGGUGACUGGAAUAACCGUCAUGAAAGACAUCACUAUUGCCAAGUCUGAAACCAAUGAGAACAACGUUUCGAAAUUGCAGGAUUUCAUAGGGAGCGAAGAGCUCUUCCGAUACUGCACUUUACCUCAGAUCGUAAAAUACGUCGAAUGCUUCACGGGGCCCGACAUCAUGGCUAUGCACACCAUGCUGAUCAAUAAACCUCCCGAUACAGGCAAGAAAACCUCCCGUCAUCCUUUGCAUCAGGAUCUUCAUUACUUCCCCUUCCGGCCAGCCGACCGAAUUGUUUGUGCCUGGACCGCAAUGCAAAAGGUGGACCGGUCAAACGGAUGCUUGGUUGUGCUGCCUGGGAGCCACAAGGGCUGCCUGAAGGAGCACAAGUACCCGGAUUGGGAGGGCGGUGUGAACAAGAUGUACCACGGGAUCCACGACUAUGACGAGAGUCUUCCCAGAGUCCACCUCCCCAUGGAGAAAGGAGACACCGUCUUCUUCCACCCCUUGAUCAUUCACGGCUCCGGAAGAAACAGGACGGAAGGAUUUCGGAAGGCUAUUUCUUGCCAUUAUGCCAGUAGUGACUGCUACUACAUUGAUGUCAAAGGGACCACCCAGGAAAUCAUAGAGAAGGAAGUGGAAGAGAUUGCAAGGCAGAAGUAUAAUUUGGCUGAUUCAUCAGUGGAUUUAAAACUCGCUUCUAUAGUACGGUCUCGACUUGUUAAAGGAGAGAAAAAAAAUCUUUAAAGCACCGUUGAGAUCCAUUCUCCAAUCAGCGAAGGAACCCUGGAGAAUUCAGCAUUUAUUUUUUCUUACUUUUUGGGGGGGAAGGGCUGUGUAAUAAUCUCGAAGCAUUUUGAAGGCUAUCUGCAUCUGGGAAUCAAUUCAAGGCUGCAAUUCUAGGCACAUAAAUUGUUAGUUACAAAGAAUACAGUGAAAUUUAUUUCUGAAUUUUUUAAAAAAAGGAAUGGUUAGAAUUUAAGCUGCAAUUCUAUACAAAUUUUUACUUAGAUUGAGCCUUUGUCGAUUAGAUUCUAAGAAUUUAAACUGAUGUCCUAGUCUUGUUUAACGAUAAGAAACCUUAUCAAGCUGAGCUCAGAUGGACUUUUAACUAUACGUGCAUAGAAUUAUAUUUUUAAUUUAACAACUGUAACUGAUCUAUUUAAGUAAUUUAAAUACAUUAUAUUUUUGCAGUAUUUGGAAAAACCUCAAUACUUCUUUAAACAGUGCCUCAUUUCUCAGAGCUAGAGCAAUUUUAGAUUUUUCUUCGAAGGAAAAUCUUUAUUUUAAUGGCAAGCAUUUCUUAUCAUAGUUUUUCACCAGAGUGCAGAGUUUUAGAUAGUUAACUUGGUUUUUCUGGUUUUCAAAAGUUGAAACGAGCUGUUUUAUUUGAGAAGAAUAUCAUGGACUGGAAAAGAUAGAAGAGGAAUCAAGCAAUGAUUGAAAGCAGAUUUCUAGUUUCUGCAUAUGAGCUUUUUUUUUACAUUAAAAGAAAAACAGCUAAAAGACGGCAUGAAAAAUGGAUUUGUUUUUUCCUCUUGAUCCUUUUCAGUUAAAGUUUCUGAAAUAUUUCUUCCUCUUCCUUGAAGAGGAGGAGCAAGGAAAAUCCUGUCCUAAGCAAUGAAGUGAUAUAAUUGUGAUGCCAAAAUAAAACAAUAAAGGACAACAAACAUGGUU